AUUUCCAUUUUCCCUUUCCUUUUCCCUUAAUCAGCGUCUCUUCUGGUCCCUGUAACUUCUCUCUCUCUCUCUCUCUCUCUCUCUCUCGAGAAAUGCAGAAAAGGCAACACUUGCUCGAUCUCUGCCUCUGAAAAAGGAAGGAACUUGCCUCUCCGCAGACUCGAAUCCCACGAACCCACCAAAAGGAAGACUGGAAAAGUAAUAAAGAAAUGCGAGCUUUAGAUGCUCCGGCGGAGUUCUUGAUCUUCUUGGUCUUGGCCGCCUUGACACUGCCGGUUCCGGUGGUGGUGCGCUGCGGCGCUGCCCCCGCCCCGAGAACCGCCGUCCUACCUCUGCAACGGGCCUUCCCACUCGACCGCCGGGUCGACCCCGACUUGCUCCGAGCUCGGGACCGGGUCAGGCACGCCCGAAUCUUGCAGAGCGUGGCCGGUGGCGUCGUCGACUUCUCGGUCCAAGGCUCCUCUGAUCCACUUCUCAUCGGGCUUUAUUUUACAAAGGUGAAGCUGGGCUCUCCUCCAAAGGUUUUCAAUGUGCAGAUUGAUACUGGAAGCGAUGUAUUGUGGGUUACCUGCAGUUCCUGCAGCGACUGCCCCCAAACUAGCGGACUUGGAAUUGAGCUCAGUUUCUUUGAUUCGUCCAGCUCUUCCACGUCUUAUUUGGUUUCCUGUUCAGAUCCUUUGUGCACUUCUCAAAUUCAAACCAUGUCAACUGAAUGCCCUCCUCAAAGUAAUCAGUGCAGUUACUCCUUCCAGUAUGGAGAUGGGAGCGGGACAACAGGUCAUUACGUAUCUGAUGUGCUGUAUUUUGACAUGGUUAUGGGGGGUUCGUUGAUUGCAAACUCUUCAGCUCCCGUUGUUUUUGGGUGUAGCACCUACCAGUCUGGUGACUUGACUAAAUCAGACAAAGCCAUUGAUGGGAUUUUCGGCUUUGGGGGAGGAGAUUUAUCUGUUGUAUCGCAGUUGUCAUCGCGAGGGAUAACACCAAAAGUAUUCUCUCAUUGCUUGAGAGGGGAUGGGAAUGGAGGAGGCAUCAUGGUUCUUGGUGAGAUUUUGGAGCCAAGCAUCGUAUACAGUCCGCUUGUCCCUUCCCAGCCUCAUUAUAAUUUGAAUCUCCAGAGCAUUGCUGUCAAUGGGCAACCAUUGCCAAUUGAUCCGGCAGUGUUUGCAACGACAAACAACCGGGGAACUAUUAUUGAUUCCGGAACUACCUUGACGUACCUUGUGGAAGAUGCUUUUGAUCCUUUUGUCAACGCUUUAACCGCCACAGUCUCGCAAACUGUGACUCCCAUAAUAUCCAAAGGACGACAGUGUUUUCUAGUCUCUUCCAGUUUAUCCGAGACUUUUCCUCUGGUUAGUUUCAACUUUUUGGGUGGUGCAACUAUGUUGCUGAAGCCUGAAGAGUAUCUUAUACAUGUAGGUUUCACUGAAGGAGCUGCCCUAUGGUGCAUUGGUUUUGAGAAAGCACAAGAGGGGGUCUCAAUUUUAGGAGAUCUUGUCCUGAAAGAUAAGAUCUUUGUGUAUGAUUUGGCUCGUCAACGGAUUGGAUGGGCUCCCUAUGAUUGUUCGAUGUCCGUAAAUGUCUCUGUAACAUCUGGCAAGGACGAGUUCAUCAACGCGGGGCAGCUGAGCAUGGGCAGCUCCUCAAGAGACAUGCUUCUUGAACUUUUGCCAAUAGGAUUGAUAAUACUUCUAAUGCACGUCUCGAGAGCCAUGGGGUUCCAUUUUUUGUGAUACUUGCGCAGGCUUUCUUUAUUUGAUUCUUUUCCAAUGUGUAUUGGCCUGGCCGAUGUUUUAUUUAAGGUGCUCGGCAGGUCCUUGUGCUAUUAUUUGGCCUGCGAGGAUGGCUUGUAGCGUUAUAAAUAGUUUCCUCGGUCCUAAGGCGCGCAAAAGAAAAGAAGAGGAGGCGCGGGGGGGUGUUGCAUUUUGCUUGUCCCGCUUAGAAAGAUAUUCGGCUUUCUCCAUGUAAAGAGCCUUCCUAGAGCAUCGCUAGAAUUGUAAAUGACACAUCGUACCGUGAACCCGUGCUGGAGGAGGAAGGAGAUGAGUAUUGUAACUCUGGAGUUGGCUUGGCAAAUUCAAAUGAACGGGAUUUGUAACUUGCAUCUUGAUUUGUAUUCACAAACUAUUCUGGAUUCAAUCGAUCUUAAUGUCGGGAUAACAAA